AUGAACAAGUUCGCCAUUGUGCUAACCCACUUAAUUUCCUUUCAAGAGAAGGAUCUUUUGAACAGACAAGAAAAGUUUCAUACUGUUAUCUAUAUCCCUAUUCUAAAGUUACUUUCAGAUCUUCUUAAAAAAGAAGAGGUACUGCAAGCACUGGGGAAAAACAAACCUGUUGAACAGUCUGGCUACUACAAGUCUUUUCUGGAUGGUGACUUCUAUAAAUCGAAUGGAAUCCUCUCAGGUCAAGAACUAAGUGUAGCUAUUACUUUGUAUAUUGAUGACUUUGAAAUCUGCAAUCCCUUGGGCACAUCAAAAAAAAAACAUAAAAUCUGUGGUGUGUAUUGGGUUAUUGGCAAUUUACCCUCUAGAUACAAGUCAACAUUGUCGUCAAUCUACCUUGCUUUACUGUGCAAGGCUGAGCAUGUCAGGAUUUAUGGUUAUGAUCGUGUUUUGAAGCCACUGAUUGAAGAUAUUAAAUGUCUUGAAACAGUAGGUGUGUUUGUAGAGAAACUAGGGUGUAAUGUUAAAGGCACCAUCUUGUUCGUUGCUGCUGACAACUUGGCAGCACAUUCCUUAGGUGGAUUCCAAGAGUCUUUCAAUGUUGAGAAGUUCUGUAGGUUUUGUCUAGCUAGUCGUCGAGACAUACAAACGUGUGAUGUUAGAACUGGGAACUUUGUUUUAAGGUCACCAGAAUCAUUUGAUGAAGCUGUAAAUGUCUUGAAGCAGACGGACCUUGCAUCUGUUGAUGGUGUGAAACGAGACUGCCCUCUCAACAGCCUGACAGGUUUUCACACAUGCACAGGCUUUCCACCUGAUUUUUUACACGAUGUGCUGGAAGGGAUUGUGCCUGUAGAACUAAGUCUGUGCCUUGCAGAUUUGAUUUCAAAGAAGUAUUUCACAUUAGAAGAGCUUAAUAGUGAAAUACAGAGCUUCCCUUUUAAAUUCUCGGAUAAGAGAAAUUGUCCUCAGAAAAUUCUUUCAACUUUUAAAAAGAGUGGAACUGUAGGUGGUAACGGCCACGAAAAAUUGGAGUCUUGUGCGUUUCCUUACCCUCAUCAUCGGCCACCGUGUUCCAGAAGGGAAUCAAACAUGGGAAGUAAUCCUUGAGCUGAAAGACUUGGUUGAGCUCUUAGCGACUCCAUAUCACACUGAAGACUCGCUGUGUUAUUUGCAGUCCAAAAUAUCGGAUCAUAGACAGUUGCUACUGACAGUUUUCCCGGAUUACAAAUUGCGCCCCAAACAUCACUUUAUUGAACAUUAUCCUUGCCUUAUUCAAAGAUUUGGACCCUUAAUAGAGUGUUGGACAAUCAGGUUUGAGGCUAAGCAUUCUUUCUUUAAGAAGGUAGUGCGUGAUGCCAAUAACUUUAAAAAUAUUCUGCUUACCCUUGCCUCAAGACACCAACUUAUGCUUGCAUAUUAUCUUGAAAUGCCCAGCAUUUUCAAGCCUGAGAUUGAGACAGCAAAAGUGACAGAUGUGUGCCUGGGAGUCUUAGAUGGUGGUCUUAGACUAGCAAUCUUGAAUAGAUUCAGUGAUGUUGACACAGUUGGACUGACCCCUAAUGUCUUCUUAAAUGGAACGCAGUAUUCAAAGGGAAUGAUACUUUCUGUUGGAAGUACAAGUGGACUACCCAACUUCGGAAGGAUUUUGGAAAUAUGCAUUGUGCUGGAUGGUCAUGUUUGUUUCUUCGUUGAACCUUUUUCGACUUACUAUGUGGAGCAUUUGAGGAGUUACCAUCUUGUGAAGAAAAGUCCUGCUGAGUGUCUCUUGGUGAAACCAGAGGAUCUCAAUGACUACAUGCCACUUGUGUCAUACCUUGUCCAGGGUCGCCUGUUAACCACUCCUAGAACAUUCUUGCUGAAUUAAGGCUGCUGCUGAAGUGAUCCACGAUGCUGCUGCGAGUUGUCCUCUCUGAUAUGGAUAUCAGGCGCCUUUCCAUCGAAAUCACCCCCCCUAGUGUUGAUGCACUGUGCCAGGUGUUGCGUGCAAACCUUGGCCUGAGAGGUGGAUUUAUUUUACAAUUUGAGGACCCUGCGUUCAAGGAUCAGCUGACCAAUUUGACCGACAUCCGAGACCUUCCUGAGGAGAGAGCAACAUUGAAAGUGUUGUUCACAG